AUCGUCCUUCAUCAUUGAUCCUCAAGGUAUUGCCAACAAUUGGAUUCGAAGUAUGGAAAGAUGUAGUGAACUUAAAAUAAUUCAUCAAAACAAUCCUGACUUCAUCAGAGUACUUGAACAUGCUAUUCAGUACGGAAAACCUGUGUUGCUGGAAAAUGUUGAUUGUAAAUUAGAUUCUGCUUUGGAUUCUGUCCUACUGAAACAAACUUUCCGUACCGGAGGCACCGUUUCGAUAAAACUAGCUGACAACAUCAUUGAAUACAACCAAAAUUUCAGACUUUACAUAACUACAAAAAUGUCCAAUCCACGAUUGGGACAAGAGAUUGGGAUAAAGGUGACAGUGUUAAAUUUCACUGUGAACUCUGAAGCAGUAAAAGAUGUUAUGCAAAAUGUUGUCAUUUCAUCAGAUCGUCCCGAUUUAGACUUGGAAAAGACUCAAAGCAUGAACCAGUCUCUUCAGAACAAGAAGUUGCUGAGACUAUUGGAGGAUAAAAUACUAGAAACAUUAUCAACUUCGGCAGGAAAUAUUUUAGAGGAUGAAGCAAGUGUGAAUAUUUUAAAUUCAUCAAAAGUUUCAGCCAAUGAAGCACAAGAAAAACAAAAAAUCAUCGAAAUAACUCUUAAGUCUGUGGAAACAUCAUGCUCAGAAUACUUAAAAAUUGCCGACAAUGCAAGAAUAUUAUUCCUUUGCUCUAGUAAGUACAAGUAUAUUUACAGGUGAUGAUUGUUUAGUCGGGGAUCUGUUAUGUAGGUAUCCACGUUCGUUUCAUGACCUUAUACCUAUAACUAGCCGCUGUG